CGUGUGCAGAAUCACCCUGGCGUUGAAUCCCGACUCUGAUCCCGGAGUGAAGGCAGUUUACCGGGGAUCUCUCAGGGUGAACUAACUGGCUGUAAUGAUGGUUCAUUUCGGAUACAAAGCAGCGGCAUUGAUCUUUUCCUCACUCGUGGCCUUCAUUGCUGCAAGCAAAGAUAAGAACGAGAAAGUCUCAAAGGUCCAAGAGACCGACAGACUUCCCCAUGAAAGUCAACUCCACCUGAAGGAAGUGGUGUUUGUCAUCCAGAGCCAGAGGAACUCCUUCCAUGCUCAGCGAGCACAGAGACUCCGAGCAGAUCUGCUUUCACAGGCUGAAGCGCUCCAGGAGAGCCUUCCAGUCAUUCUGCUUCUUCACACACUGUCUGAAAACGAGGGAGACUGGAGCAUUCUUCCCCUGCUGCCUUACUUUUCCUCUCACUUUGGAAAAAACUCCUCAUGGGUUAUGUUUCUUGAAGAGGAAACGAACAUAAAACUGGAGAAACUUUACAGCGUCCUCAAAAAGUUUGAGCGCAGAAAAGAAUGGUUUCUUGGCAAGCCGCUUCACGAUGAUGAAUCCACCAUCAUCCACCAUUACGCCUUUGCUGAGAACCCGUCUGCCUUCAAGUACCCAGACUUCAGUGCAGGAUGGGCUCUGAGCGUGCCGCUGGUCACCAGGCUUGCCAAUAAGGUACAAGAACAGCCUCUGAAGUCAGACUUCACCAUAGACCUCAAACACGAGGUGGCGCUGUACAUCUGGGAUGAAGGUAAAGGGCCUCGACUUACGGCAGUUCCUGAACUGUGUACAUUGCCGGAGCAUUCACCUCAAGCCCAGCGCUGUGCCACUACUGUUAACACACACUCACCGCUGUGUGGUGAGCCUGUUAAAAGGGAGGACAUAUUUGUGGCGGUGAAAACAUGCAAGAAGUUCCACACAGAAAGAGUCCCUGUGGUGAAGAAGACAUGGGAGAAACAAGCUUCACAUCUGGAGUACUACAGUGAUCAUGCUGAUCCUUCCAUCCCAACCAUUGAUCUUGGUGUCCCCAACACAGACAGAGGUCACUGUGGGAAAACCUUUGCCAUCCUGAAGAGAUACGUAAGCAGGCAGGAACCAAAAACUGACUGGUUACUCAUCGUAGACGAUGACACACUCAUUAGCUUGCCCAGACUACAAGCACUUCUCAGCUGCUAUGAUCCCACAGAGCCGGUGUUCCUCGGGGAGCGUUACGGCUACGGGCUUGGCCAGGGAGGAUACAGCUAUAUCACAGGAGGAGGCGGGAUGGUGUUCAGCAGGGAGGCUGUUCUCAGGCUCUUGGCCAGCGGCUGUAAAUGCUACAGUAAUGAUGCUCCUGAUGAUAUGGUAUUGGGGAUGUGUUUCAACUCUCUGCGACUUCCUGUCACACACAGCCCACUGUUUCACCAGGCACGGCCAGAGGAUUAUGCCAGAGACUUUCUAGCCCACCAGACUCCCAUUUCUUUCCACAAACACUGGAAUAUUGACCCAAUUACAGUGUUUCACAAGUGGCUAAUUGAUGAUGUGCAUGGCUCCAGUACAGAACGACUGAGAAAACCUUCUAAAGAAGAGUUAUAGUCUCUUUAUUGAGACUGAGACAUGGACAGGUAAAUGAACGUCCCAGAGAUUUGUGGAGCUGCCUGGACGCCAUUAUGUCUCGUUCCAGCUUCCCUUAGAACAGCUUGAUUGGAAAGUUCAGGAUUGGGCAGGCCGGUCCAUUACAGACAGCACUGCCUUCUUCCUCCUUCCUCUCCAGAUAUCUCUUAAACAGCUUUGAGGUGUGUGUGGAGUCUUCAAAAGUUACUGAGAAUGAAAAAAGUACUCAGAAAUGUUUUUAGAAUGGCAAAGUGUUGUCAAAUGUUUGACAGGAAAUGUAUGCGAGAGAUAUUUAUAAUAUUGGUCAUUAUUUGGCAAAAAUAUGUUUAGAUUUUUUUGGAUAUGUUUCUUUCUUUAAUGCUGUGUAUUAUAUUACUUAUAAAACUCCCAUUAUUUAAAAAAAAAAAAUCUCUGUGCCAUUAUUUAACUAACUGGAUAACUGAGUGCUUUCCUUUUAUUGCCUAGGCACUGUCACAGCACCUGCAUAAAUUAGGGUGUGUUUUAUGUGGAGUAAAUGUAUAUGAGGAUAACUUGGUGGGUGCCAUAUGCAUCUGAUAUGUAAAUACGGGACUAGUGCGUGGGAAAUUGUUUCCAUGCAGUUGAAGCUGAUUCAAAAAUUCAAAAAAUCUCCCCUUACUUUGAUAUUCUACGACAGUUUCAUGAAUCCGACGCAGAUACGUUCAUACAUCAUUCCGGGUGUUUUGAAUGAAUAAUGUCCCUCAACAAACAUGGAUUUUAUAUUACCGAGAGCACAUUCCAAACUUUCAAACAGUAGUGUAGGUGUUAAAAAUGAAGUCAGUGUUUUAGUGUUUUUGCAGCCUGUUUAAUAAGCGCAGCUGGAGUCUAAAGGGUUUUUAGUGACCCUACUGAGAGUACUGCAAAAGAGGUUAAUUGCAGAAGAAGAGCUCUUGAUGUUUAAAAAAAAACAGAGGAUAAAAGAGAGGAUAAAGGGAAGCACUCUACACCAGAAAAUAUCUGCCCUUCAAAUAUAAAAGCUGUAUUUUGCCAUGAACCUCCUUUUUCUGUGACCUUAUAACAGAAAACAUUCUACACGAGGUGCACGUGAAUUCUCAAUGGUGCUUAAUCAAUCACUUAUGCACAGUCCAUCUUAAAUAAGACAGUUGUUUUGUAUCAUCCGUCCAAAACUGGACACACAAAACAUGAUUUAUUGACUUCUGCUGGGGGAAUUUUAAGUCACAGUGACUUUGGGUUUAACAUUCCUACACUAUAAAUAUGUCAUUUGUGAGUCUUGUGGGUGGAAUCAUUUCCACAAUCCUGCAAAUUACUGCUUUUAACUUCCUGCCAGAUUCCUAUGUACAUUUAUGCAUGUUUCUAUCACCAGAAAAAAAAAACACCCUAAUGUCCAGAUUUUGUGGCUGGCCAUGCUGCAUUUCUAGGAGUGUUUCUGUUUACAUUUACGGCAUUUGGCAGACGCCCUUAUGCAGAGUGACUUACAAUUGUCUCGUUUAUAUAACUGAGCGGUUGAGGGUUAAGGGCCUUGCUCAAGAGCCCAGGAAUGGUAGCUUGGCGGUGUUGGGAUUUGAACUCUCAACCUUCUGAUCAGGAGUCCAACCUGUUUCCAUUUCACUAUAUGAUUUGAUCUAUGAAAAAUCAGUCACAAUUAAUGAGCCAAAAAAAUCAAUAGCAUAUAGGAUUGAACUGUUUAGAUGAAAUUUAGGUGCAAACAGUGAUUUUGCCAAAAAAAAAAAUGUAAAUUGUUAGCUUGAGAAGUGGCAGUUCACACCUCCUUCACUGGACCUGAUAGUUACAGAUGGAUUCUUUCCACUGAACAAGAGCCUGUGUCUAAUCUCAAAAUGAUUGUGCUUUUUUUGCCAAAAAGGGCCUGUUCUCAGUUGGCAAAAAAUAAAAACAUUGCAAUGCCGAAUCAGUGGUCCUAGGAAGAAGCAACCAUUUUACUGGCAUUUGCAAAACACUGAGUUAUACUGUGAAUGCCAAUGCUAAAAAGCUUCUAAUGAGCAGUAUAAAUAGUUAAAAGCAUUAAAAUUGUGUGUCUGUUUUGCCUAUGGCAAGUUUAAUGCUUGAUUUCACUACACAUACAUGUAUUCAAAGUGGCUUCUCAUCCUUAGAAAUUAAUGAGACAUGGCAAAAUAAAUGGUGGGCAGAAUACACCACAGCAACAGACUAAACAGGCUAUAAUAACCAAAACAGCGGAACAUUUUGAUUAGAAUCCAGCAGAGCUUGUCCUCAAUUAUUUGCAUUUGUAUUUGUCUCCAUACAACUUCACAUCAACACGUAGACAUUUGCCAGAAUAGUAUACGGGUCGACCUGGAACCCUGCCAGCCCGGGAUGUUUUUGCUCUGACCUGACGCCUAGUAGAUUUCCCUUUUAACUCUCCAGAUUCAUUAAAGGUACUCAAAAUGCAAAAAAUAAAUGAUGAUUGCAUAGCAGCAGUGUGUCCACGAGGAAUGUAACUAAAUGCAAAUUAAUUAUUGUGUUAUAAUUAUUGUGUUCUAAACAGACACAAAUUCAUGUUGUUGUUGUGGUGGUGUUCACAAGGCGUUUGGUUGAGACUAGAGGUGUGCAUCAGCACUGAGUUCCCACAGAAUGCAACAAAAAAGUCGUGCAAGCAGGAAGUUUUUAUUUUCAUGUGGGGGUGAGCAAACAGUCACAUAUGAAGUGUGCUUGGUAAAGAAAGCGAAGUUUCUACCCGUAAAUUGAGUCACAGACAACGAAUUUUGCUCAUUACACAGUAAAUCACUGCAGCCAUACUGAGACCUAGGCACCGAUUCAAAUAGAAUCUGUAUACCCCUAAGCGCCUCACUUCCACUCAUCUCAUAUCCUAUUUUAACGCCAUGCUGAGAUUUUGGACUGAACUGUUGCUGUGUGGGAUUCAGAUGGGCUUCAGUGCCUUGGGUAGGUGGACAUAUAAACUUUUAAUGCAUGGAAUGAAGUUCCCUGACAUUACUUUUGAGCUUUAACACACAUGUUGGGAUUCUCAGGGUAAUCUUCAAACUCAGUUCAUGAAUAUUUUCACUAAUAUAUAUUAAGUAUGCAGUACUUAAGCUAUUGUUUUUCCAAGGUGUAUACAUUGGUACACCCAAGAGAAGAAAGUAUUAGUGUUGAGCAAUACAUUAUAUCAUGGAAUAUCAUGGCAAAAUAAGAAUGAUGUUGAGCAAACUAUUACACACACACACAUUUAAAAGGCAGAUAUGCAGCUUUUCUCCCCAACUGGUCACCUGCAAAUUCUCACCUACCAGCCAGCUCUCCCCUAUCAUAUGACAGUUACCAACUGGGAAGGGAGAACGCUAACAUGUGCUUCCUUUGAGAGACAUGAAGCCAGCCAACUGCAUUUUUGAACAUCAUAGUGCAGCGUAACGCACAUGGAGGAAAGAGCUGUCUGCCCUCUUCCACAUACAUGAGUUCACAGGUGCACAUGAUUAGCUAGCGUCACUGUGAUUCACACAGAUGGCUGUGGCAUCAUCGGGAUUCAAGCUUACGAUCUUCUGACAAUAGGGAAAAGGCUUUUCUGUUUGUGCCACUUCGGAGUAUACAGUAAUGAUGUCUUUUUUGUCUGUAAAAAUACAGGGAGGGCUCAGCCCUUCUAGUCCAUUUAUACCAACCCUGAAGACAUAUAACACUGCCCUGGUGCUUAAAAUAUUAAAUUAUCUCUUUAGAACAACUGAUGUAUUUUUUGUUAUGUGAUAAAUUGUGAAAGUGUUAAGAAAAUUGAUCUUGUCUCUAAACAGAUCUGUAAACAUAUGAACCCCUUAUUACAUUUAAAACCACUAUCAUCAUCUGUACCGAUAUAUGAUUCAUAUCAUGGUAUACUGGUAUAUCUUCAGAACCUUAGAGUUAUUAGACCUUCUCAGCCAAGUACAUUUCUUACAAUAUGGAAUAUUUAAGAGACACAUUGUCUCCUAUACAUUAUCGAAAAAAAAUUUAGCUGAAUUAAAAUGGGCAUAACACAAUGGGUUAAAAUGUCCUGCAGUAAAUUCAAAUUGAUCAGUAAUAUUUCAUCCUUCAUUUACUUCCCUAAUAUCACACAAAUUGGGUUUUGGCCAGUGUCCAAAAUGAUUGUUUCCUGUACUCUACGCAUCAAGAAGUAGUGAUCGAAUAUUUCACUACCUUGUUUUAUCUGAAUAUGCUUCAUCUUCUGACUAAUUGUAAAGCCCUGCUGCAGUGUUGUUUCAUGGUCAUGAAUAAUCAGCAUAUAUAGAGCAUGGU